GUUACAUGACACCCACACCUGUGUCAUAACUCUAUUUGUUGGAGCUGCUAGAAUUGUUUGUAAUUCAGUUUUGCCAGCGGUGCUCGUAUUGAACCCGAGCCCCGAAAUGCCCCUCAAUUGCCCUGCGCCACACUUUGAAAUCAGCCGGCUGAGGCGGUCCGCCUAUCCUAUAAAACAACCUCUCCCUCCCACAACUUCACACGCAGUGUCUUACAGUCGCUGAGUCUCACGUUUCAAGAAACAGAACACCUUACUUCCUCAAUCACUAACAGUUGAUCUCUUGCUUUCUAAAAGCCUCGUUCCGACGUCCGCAAUGGCAUCCUCAUCCCACCUUCCAUGGUCCCGGUUCAAAGCUGCAGAGCCAGCGCCAUCGUCAGACCGUACCUCAUUCACCUUGAGUCCAACCACCUCUUUUCCGACCGACGUAUGGCGCAAACCUGGUCCACCAGAGGUGAAGACGUUCAAUGCGCCCAUUAUGUACAAAACCAUCCCACUAUCCGCCUUCAAGCGAGCCCGCGUCACCAUAAGCGGCAAUUGGUCACGGCUGUACGACCAAGGCGGCCUAGCCAUCGUCCUUCAAGACCCGAAAAUAAUCUUAGAUACCGACAGGAAAUGGGUCAAGACCGGAAUCGAGUUCUAUCAAGAGGAGGCGUAUGUCGGUACUGUAGCCGCGGAUCGGUGGGCGGAUUGGAGUUUGCUACAGGUGGGUAUCAAGGAGGGGAAGAUGGUUACGCUGGAGAUGGAGCGGGAUACAGAAGCGGAUACCCUUUGGGUGUAUGUUAUUGAUGGGAAGAGGAGACAUCCAAUUCGAGAGGUUACCUGGAUUUUGAGUGAGCCGGAUGUGCAGGCUUGGGUCGGGGUUUAUGCUGCUAGUCCAAAGCCGGACGAGAAGGAAUUAGAGGUGAAGUUUGAGGGAUGGGAGUUAGAGGUUACGGAAUAAAGUUUGUGUGGAUGGUGAAAGUCCGAAGAGAAUAUCAAUGAGACUUUGUCAGGUUGCUGUAUCUGCAUUUAUCUACUCGCUCCCACGCAUGUUUUGUCUCGUGUCACGCCAAAGAAUUGCCAAAACAAGUCAUAGUCCAGAAUUUUGCGUCGUGGGCACCGUGGGAAGGUUCUGAAGUAUGCUCUUCUCGCAUUGAUUUUCCUUCUUGUAAACGCUACGAGCAA